UCACCGGUCCGUCUAAACUUGGACAGUUUCUCCAACUUCGAUGAAAGCUGGCGAAGUUUUUACAAGCGUAAAACCAAACACACGUGAGCUUGCCGGGGAGUCGCUGUCCACCACACAACGUCCGCCUUUUUACCCCACAGGACAGAAGUUAGGACAGCGGUGGAGUCUGAGCCGGCGUUAAAGGCGGUGUUUAAUAACUUGGAAGGGCGGCAGCGGCGAAGUCUUGCGUCUAACCGGCGGAGAUCUGCGGGUGUUUCAGAAAGAGAGCGGGCCUAAACAUGGUAUCCAUUGGAGCUGAUAGCUGACACUGUAGAAUGAGAGAGGAUGGAACAGACAGACAGUCCUGCCCCUGAGAACAACAACCCUAAUGGGUUUGUCAACCGUGUGUUUAAUGUGUCUCUGGAUGUGGAGAAUGAGACCAGCAGUGUUUAUAUUCAGGAGACUGGGCCAGGGCCUUCAGAGGGGCAAGGAGAGACCCAGGCUACCUGUUCUCAGAUCCCUGUCAAGGACAGACUGGAGGUCAGCCGGAGGCCCCGUGCCACAGGAGGCAUCUGGAAGAUCUUGAACCGAAAAAGAGCUGUCUCAGAACUGGAGAGGAGACCUCACUCCAUGAUUUUGCCCGGAGAGGCUUCCAUUCCUAAACUCUCCUUCGCUGACAAAGUUCGCUCUUUUAAGAAGCUAAAAUCGCCAGCUGUGUUCAGAGGGAAGACCGGGAAACUGUCCACUGCCAAGUUCACCAGUUCCUUGGUGGAUGAGGAGUCUUUCUGCCGUGAUUUUGGCACGCCUCAGCAGAUCAGCAGGGGCACGCUUAAAAACCGUGGCAAGAGGCAUUCGUAUGCUGGUUAUACGGCAGAAUUUGAUUGCUCCUUUGAAGACAUUGACCUCUCCUCUCAGAUGGAUGGCCAUCAGCCUGCUGUAAUGGGAGAGGCUGUGACCCAGAAUGGUUGUAAACCCUCUGAGAGAUUUUCCUACACUAAAAGAAGCAACAACAACUCAAGCAACUGCAACAAAAUCACUGCAUGCUGUGAAGAACCUAGCAUCAGGACUAACCCAAGGACCAACCACAGUGGAGGAAGGAGACACAAAGAUGUGUGGAGUUAUCUGAGAAGGAUUUCCCUCCUGGGGAAGACCAAUCCUGUCUAUACAGAGAGGAGUUUUGACUCUGAACUUCACUCUCUUGACAAAACCAUGGACUCAGACUAUGGUUCUGUAGACUUUGAGAGUGUCAGAGACUUUCAGCCGCCACCCCAGAAACCUUCAGACACUAAGGGAACAUUUGGUGGUCUGUUCAAAUUUUUCAACAGUGUAGCAGAAUCAGCCAGAAAAUGGCGAACAACGUCACGCUCCUUCUCUCCUCCAGAGGGUGAGAAGACUCCCAUGAGCUCCCCACGGGCCCCACAGCACACAGUAGACAAUGUUCACAGUGUUUCUCUAACACUCCACAAUGAAGGACAUCUAAAAUCCGAGCCUGCCCCAUCAUCACCAAUCACCUCUAAACCCUCACACUCCAACGGCUUUGACAGUGAGCUUCAAGCACCUGGGACAGUUAGACAAUCCCCUAAUGUUGUCCUGAGGGCCUUCAGGGCUUGUCCAGGACCUCGAGCUGUUAAUGGCCUUCCGACUUCAAUCAAACAUUUAGACAGAGAGACAAACCACAAAUCCACAGCUAUUGUAGAGAAUCAUAUUCCUGAUUCAGGACCAAACGCAAAAAUAGAAGCAGAGGUUGACAGGGAUCAACUGAGCGGUCUCUAUCAAGAGGAAAAGGUAAAGGGACAGACAGGAAAUGAGCAGGAUUCCAGCGAUGUUCCACUUGACUCCCAGCAGAUGCAAGAAGUGAAUGUCCAAUCACAGCAAGGUGAUAAAGAGAGCACAACCAACAGUGUUCCACCAUCAGAUUCUACAGAAGAAAUAUUUAAGCUGUGUGAGCAGAUUGCCAGCCAGACAGGCUGCACUUUAAGACAGCCUGGUCCAGCCAUGCCCCACUCUAGCACAGAGAAGACCUCUGUGCCACACAAGCGGUUGCGACCCCGUCCUCGCCCGGCCUCAGUUGUGCUGGACCUGUGGAGGCCCAAUCCAGAUCGAGAGCUCUACACCCAUUAUAGUGAGGUCGGCUCACUGUCCCGACUGAGACGCAGGCCUGCUCCCACCAUGCAACUCUCUCCAGGGCAGAGACGGAUGGCUGCACGCUCCAGGCCAUGCUCUGUCAUAGAGAGCAGCAUUACUAAAGAGACGCAGUCGACGGAGUUGCACCACAGAGCCUUGUCUCGCCCCCCGGGUGUGUCACCACUAGAGCCCCCACACAGGGCAUCUCUGCAACGGUGUCGCUCCCUGCCACUUCCCCCCAGCACACUCACUGCCUUGGCAUUGCUCCUUCCUCAGUCAGCAGUCAUAGGUCCGUCGUCAUCGUCGGUGCGUCUGCGGUCUGGAGGCUCCGGUAGCUGCAGGAGGAGACGGCUGUUAAGACCUGGGUCAGAACCACUACAGGUCAACAUAUUGAUAAGUGGAGGUUCAAUCGUCAACGCUGAGGCGGUAUGGGACCAUGUGACCAUGGCGGAUCGGGAGUUGGCGUUUAAGGCCGGUGACGUCAUCAAGGUGCUGGACGCCUCCAACAAGGACUGGUGGUGGGGCCAGAUCGAUGAGGAGGAAGGAUGGUUCCCAGCCAGCUUUGUACGGGUGGAACCCCACCCUCCUCAGCCCCAAACAAAACAGGUUUUCUAUAUCAACCCCAUAGCAACUCCACGGUUCCAAAACACCACGUCAAAGCUGUGGGUGAACCAGGAGGACGGGGGAGCGGAACCGUCUGAGGGGACCAGUGAGGUGCAGAAUGGGCACUUGGAUCCAACAAAUGACUGCCUGUGUCUGGGCUCACCCCUCCAAAAUCGAGACCAGAUGAGGGCCAAUGUCAUCAAUGAGAUCAUGAGCACAGAGAGACACUACAUUAAACACCUCAAGGACAUCUGUGAGGGGUACUUGCGCCAGUGCAGGAAGCGCGUGGACAUGUUCAAUGAUGACCAGCUAAAGGUCAUUUUUGGAAACAUUGAGGACAUCUACCGUUUCCAGAUGGGUUUUGUCCGGGAUCUGGAGAAACAGUACAACACAGAGGAACCUCACCUUUCUGAAAUCGGGCCGUGCUUUUUAGAACACCAAGAUGGUUUUUGGAUCUAUUCAGAAUACUGUAACAACCACUUGGACGCCUGUAUGGAGCUGAGCAAACUGAUGAGGGAUGGCAGGUACCAACACUUCUUCGAGGCCUGUCGCCUCCUCCAGCAAAUGAUUGACAUUGCCAUAGACGGCUUCUUGCUCACCCCUGUCCAGAAAAUCUGCAAAUAUCCCCUCCAAUUGGCUGAGCUUCUUAAAUAUACCGCACAGGAGCACAGUGACUAUCGAUACGUGGCUGCAGCCCUGGCCGUGAUGCGGAACGUCACUCAGCAGAUCAAUGAGAGGAAGAGGAGGCUGGAGAACAUUGACAAGAUUGCCCAGUGGCAAGCUUCAGUUCUUGAUUGGGAGGGGGAUGAUAUCUUAAACAGGAGCUCGGAGCUUAUCUAUACUGGGGAGUUGUCAUGGAUCUAUCAACCAUAUGGACGCAGCCAGCAGCGAGUCUUCUUCCUCUUCGAUCACCAGCUGGUACUCUGUAAAAAGGAUCUGAUACGCCGCGACAUCCUGUACUAUAAGGGCCGCAUCGACAUGGAUCGCUACGAGGUUCGGGAUGCCAUAGACGGGCGCGACGAUGAUUUCAACGUCAGCGUGAAGAAUGCCUUCAAGUUGUGCAGCAAAGACAGUGAGGAGAUCCACAUCUUCCUGGCCAAAAAGCCGGAGGAGAAGAUCCGCUGGCUCAGGGCUUUCCACGAGGAGAGGAAGAUGGUUCAGGAAGAUGAGAAAAUUGGUUUUGAGAUCUCUGAGUACCAGAAGCGACAGGCAGCCAUGACAGUGAGAAAGGUGACCAAACAGAAAGGUGUAAACAGGUGCACGCCCCCCUCAUACCCGCCCCCCCAGGACCCCCUCAGUGCGGGGCAGUAUGAGGUAACGGAGGACAUGGCACAAGGAGAGGUUUUUGAAUUCAGUCAAUCCAAAAGAGGCCAGGCUCCUUUCUGGCAGAAUUUUAGUAGAUUAGCUCCAUUUAAGAAAUAGAGAAACACAGACUCUUCUGAAGGACCAGCUAUUUUUCUUAGAAGCACUAAACACUGGAUGAUUAUGUCCCAUGAUGAAGAAAAUACGAAAACACACACACAAGAGACUUUGAAGUUAAGGACCAAUGUUAUCAAAGCGUUUGAUUGGAAGCACCAAGAGGACUGAAGACUUGGAUUUAAAAAAAAUUGAGGAAAAAUGACAACUUUACAACUCAUAUAUGUUAGUAACAUUCUUAGUUAUCAUGCUUCUCCAAGCUGAGUCAACUAUCAUGAACUCUUUCCCCUGGAUUCUGCAUAUUCACACCAUCUGAAUGUUCUAGAAUUAUUCAGAUUCUUGUAUGAUUUCAUUUUUAAUCCAUUGUCCGGGAAAAAAAACUCGAGGCCAAGCCAGGUCGUUCCUCAUUGUGUGAUUAUACCCAAAAGCUGAGAUCUUGCUGUGCUGCUAUGUGAGAUUGUUUGUUACAUUCUUCUGAAUGUGAGACAGAGAGAUGAUCACCUCAGCCACGGGAUGUUUUGUUUGUAGGACCUUCCAAACUCCACUGUCAGCCUCACCUCUGACUUCAGUCAAUCCACCACCGAUCAGACUCAUUUCUGCUCUACUGAUGUCUGCAUCUGGACUCUGAUUGCUAGCAGUCUACAUAAAAUAACCGUCUCCCAAGCCUUUUUUUUUUUUUUUUUAUCAAAGUGUGGCAUUACGUCUUCCCUUCUUUCUCUGCCUCUCUCUUGUCCUCUCUAUCUUUCUAUUCACCUGCCCAGCUUCUGUGAAUCAGUGGCUCUCAGAGGAAGAGUUUCAUUCUUUUGGAAACCUGCCAUCGGCCAUGAUAUGAUGGGUCAGGGAACAAAUCAAUAGUCAGAACAUCAAUAGAAUAUUUAUAUCCUUUCACCGACCACUUGUGACAGGGUAUUCACAUCUGCUCAGGCCGAGGCUCAGUGCGUUGCUUUUUGACGGAGAGCUCGCCACUCAGAUCAAGCAGCUGGGAGCAGGAGAUAUGCAGGUUAUGGUCCACCUGCUUUUUGUCACAGCCCCUCCCUCGCUCUCCCCAGAGACCACCCCUGUAGCACUGUGCUGGCAGCUCACUGGGUGUAGGGAAAGAGCACAGCCUACCUCUGGGAAUGAGCAGUAAAAGUCAAGUUGAUGCAUCGGCCAAGGUCUAAAAUUGCUUUCCCCCCUUCCCAAGUGUGCUGUAAAAGAAGAUUCUUCACUUAACUUAAUGAUUUUGUAGUGUUCACACUGUAAAAUUCAUUUAGUCCUAGGUCUUUCUUCUCUCAUUUGCGUACAAGCUAUACAAAUAUGCAAUGCUACUGUUUGUUUAAAAUAAGUGCAGACCCUAACCAGCAUAGGGCUGAAUGGUCAAAAGAUAGUUAAGAGCAUUUCAGUACUGAGAAAACGACCACUGCAGCAGCGAGCCCAUGUCAUGCCGGGGUAGAAAGGUGAAUUUAAUCUGUAGCAUGCAGGUGUCCUCUGACAGAUUCAUGCUCCUCUAAAGAUUGCGGCUUCAAAUCUUGGCCGGCCGCCCUGUCACGUCGUUUUCCAGAUCUGAUCCAUGUUCUGGCAGUUAGCUCCGGCACUGUUAAGUGAUUUACAAAGGACGGUGGCCUGAUCAGAUUGAUUUGUUUAAUCAACAAAGUCCCAGAGGCUGUAUGAGAGAUCCCACCACAGAGUCCCUGUGCCGAGGCGCUAGAUAAGAGAGGAUCUGAGGGACUGAGAAGAAACUAUCCAAUUAACACUGAUCUCAAAGGUGUAUUCUUUUCUACUCUUGGAAUGUAAGUGAAACGUCUGUCCACGGUUUGUGAGCAUAUUUUGACCUCAGAAGUAUAUUUUGUGUUGAAUUCAAUCACCUGAUGGACAGUAGAUACACAAUAUGACAAGUUGUGCAAUGUGAUCAUUAUAUAUCUUCACUAUUCACUACAACGUGAUAUGGAAGAGUUAUAUAUUGUUCUAUGUCAUUUGUUUGCCUUCUUAUAGGCCUUAUAACCUACUGGAAAAAAAGAACCAUAGAAUUGCUUUAAAUGUUGUGUAAUUUAUGUUUUGUUUCAGUAAAGAAAGUUGAGAAAUGG